CUCUGAACCUCCCUGUGUCUGCUUCUCUUCACAUCUCUCUCUCUCUCUCUCUCUCUCUCUCUCCAUAUUACUACCAUAAUAGGAGUACAAUGGAGAAUAAGUGGCAGUGGUGAAAAAUAAAUGGGGGAAGAGAAAUCAAAUUCAGCAGCUGGUAAUUCUGUAUCUGUAUGGCCUGCUGUCAAGCCAUUCGUCAAUGGAGGUGCCGCUGGCAUGCUCGCUACUUGCGUCGUUCAACCCAUUGACACCAUCAAAGUGAGAAUUCAAUUAGGGGAGGGAUCAGCAGUGGAAGUCACCAAAAAGAUUAUUCGAAAUGAGGGAAUUGGCGGCUUUUACAAGGGACUUUCUGCUGGUUUGCUAAGACAAGCUACUUAUACAACCACACGGCUUGGAACUUUCAAGAUUUUGACAAAAAAAGUAGUUGUUGCCAAUGGUGGAAAGCCCUUACCUUUAUAUCAAAAAGCUCUUUGUGGCUUAACUGCUGGAGCAAUAGGAGCUUGUGUAGGAACUCCAGCUGAUUUAGCACUUGUCCGUAUGCAAGCUGAUGCCACUUUACCACCUUCUCAACGGCGGAAUUACAAAAACGUUUUCCAUGCCCUCUACCGGAUAAUAGCAGAUGAAGGUGUUCUUGCACUCUGGAAAGGUGCAGGUCCCACUGUGGUACGAGCAAUGGCCUUGAAUAUGGGAAUGCUUGCUUCAUAUGAUCAAAGUGCUGAGUUUUUUAGGGAUUCUCUUGGUUGGGAUGAAACCAGAGCUGUAGUUGGAGCAAAUGCAGUUUCGGGAUUCAUUGCUUCGGCGUGCAGUUUGCCAUUUGAUUAUAUAAAAACUCAGAUACAAAAGAUGCAGCCUGAUGCUGAAGGGAAGUAUCCCUAUACUGGCUCCUUGGACUGUGCCAUUAAAACAUUGAAAUCACGAGGACCCUUGGAAUUCUAUAGAGGCUUCCCCGUCUAUUGUGUUCGAAUUGCCCCACAUGUCAUUCUGACAUGGAUAUUUCUGAACAAAAUCAAGAAGCUGGAAGAAGCUAUUGGGUUGUAGGACCCAAGUAGAGGAAACUUUCAGUACAUUUAGCAACCUCAACAAACAAUUUUCUUUCCUUUUUUUCUCUGUGUGAAUGAAUACCUGAACAAAGAAGUUGACCAAUUCUGAUUUUGUAUGAGUUCUGUGUUUGUUGUAAGAAUUCUUGUAAUUUCAUUAGUUGUCUUCUUUAUUACUCUGCCAUAAUUUUGAGACAUUCAGUACUGUUAGGUUAUCUGUUCUAUAAUGGUACGAGUUUCACAUCGACAUUUCAGCUUUAAGUCUUUGGAUUAACAAGCGAAGCUGUCGUGCCGAUGGAUCAUGGACGGUAAUGGAAAUGUAGAGGCUUACCAUCUACAUAUGGGUAUUGGGG